AUGACUGGCGCUCUGACAGGGAGUGCGGCAUCAGCAGCUACACAUUCACAACAACAGCAACUACGACAACAACAUCAGCGAUCGUUACUACAACAUCAACAAAUGCAUCAGCAACAGCAAGCAAUGAUUAGAGGGCCCAAUCAGGCUAAUAGAAUGCCAGGAACAAG